UCUUUUCUAUGUUGAAUUUUCCCGCGAAAACAGUCAACACGUUUUACGUCAGCUGAUAGGGAAAACAGUGAAAAUUGUACCACAAUGUCGUUGUUUUCUUGCAACGACUGUGACAUAUGGAGGAGCAGACUAAAUCAAUAUGCUCCAGUUAUGAAAAAGAAGGCUGAGGACAAAAAGAAAAAGGAACUUUCAGAUCUUGAUUCAUGGUUUCAAACAGAUUUACCUGAUGCAAUAGCAGCCAGAUGUCCAAGACACAUAACUAAAGAUGAAAUAACAAAGUUGAUGAAAUGGAAGCUAAUGAGGGGGAAAUUCAGACCAAGAUUGACAGAACUUAUACAACAGAACACAGAAAAAGAUGUUAAAUUGGUUUCUGAGAAGGCAUUUUCAAAUGCUGGAAAUGUAUCUGUUGCAAUCAAAGAGCUGAGCAAGCUGAAAGGUGUGGGUCCUGCAACAGCAUCAGCCAUAAUGUGUGCAGCAAACCCAGAGCAGUUUGCUUUCAUGGCAGACGAGGCCAUGUCAUCCAUUCCAUCAUUUAAGGUUGACUACACCCUUCCUCAUUAUCAAAAAUUUAUGAAAAUCCUGACGGACAAGGCAAUGCUUCUCAACAAAAAAGAGAAUCAGUUUGAAUGGACACCGCAUAAGGUCGAACUAGCACUGUGGGUUGACUUAACAGCAAAGAAAGUAGGAUUAGAUCUUGAACCGAUCGCAGUCAAGGAGACAGUCAAUGGGAGUGGCAGAAGAGGAAAAAAGAGAGCCUCAAAUGACAGUACAGAACACACGGGUGAAGUACAGGAGCAAGAAGCAGGAACGAAAAAAUCGAGGAAGUAGACUGGCUGUUUCUAUUCCAUAAAAUGUUAACACUUUCAAAAUAACAUACAUUUGUGCAAACUGGGAUGUUUAGUGACAUUGUUUGCGUUGGGAAUGGAAACAGGCUGCCAGAGAGUUGAUGAUAAAUCUUUUUUACUUUUCUUUUGAUCAAUAAUGCCCGGUUAACCAAGCUAAAAACUUAACUCGUUUUCUUUUGCUAAGGUUCUCACUUAACUACAAGUACAUGAUUGAGAGCCAAAAGGGACAUAUUUUGUGUGUUUUGCUUGGUAAGAAUCGUCCAGUUGGUAAGUUCAUCCAAGACCUUUUCACUUCUUUCAAGAAUAUUUUCCGUAACUGUUGGAUGAAGCCUCACCUUCCACAGAGUUGAAUAUAUCGUCAAAAUUUGUCAAAAGAUUCCAUACUAGCAACAGUUUUGAAAUACAAAAUGCCAGCUCCUCUGAUUCUUCAUCGUUCAUA